AUGUCUACAUCAAACGAUGAUCGGUCCAAAAUCAACUUCGAUGCUGAUUGGGAAUGUUUUCAACAAACAAACGGUGAUGUCUUGAAUACAGCUACGAUCUAUGAGAAUCAUCAAUGGUCUUCAAUAACACUGCCCCACUAUGAUCAGCAGAACAGCGGUUCCGAAGUGCAGCUUCAUAAAUGGUGGUACCGUAAAGAAUUUCAUUGGAUCGCGUCCGGACAACAGGUUCAGCUAUAUUUUAAACAACCAACUAAUGAGAAUAAUUCUAAUGCAUUAAAUGGUUAUGCAGCCAUAUGGCUUAAUCAAGUGCCAAUCUUUUCUGGUUCGCUGUUGUCGUUGGAGAAACCUAUUGAAUUGACGCAACACUUGUUAAGCGAGGAAGAUACAGACAAUAUUUUAUUAAUUCUCUGUCCAAAGAUGACACUUUCGUUUCAUGCGCGUCUGUUGAUCUAUGGUAAAGUCAUCUACGCUUCUGGACAGAUUCAACUUGGUGAAACUAAAGCAGUCGAUCGGAAUGAAAAGAAUGUUCUUCAAUACACAGUUUCAUUGGUUGAUGAUGAUGGACGUAUUGAGGUUGAUUUCGAUUCUGAGCAAAGCUUCGACGAAGAAUCAGAACAUUCAUCGCCUCGUGAAAAACAAAAGAUUAGAAUACAGGAACCAUUGGCUGAUGAUAUACCAAUUCCGCGCCUGGCUAUUGUCAUUCUUAUUGUUGGCACACGCGGAGAUGUACAACCUUUUAUUGCCCUUGGUCAGACACUGCGCGCGGCUGGCCAUCGUGUUCGACUAGCUACGCAUGAAACCUUUCGAUCCUUUGUUCGUGGUAAUGGUCUCGAAUUUUAUCCAUUAGCUGGCGAUCCUGCUGAUUUAAUGGAAUUUAUGGUAAAGAAUGCUGGUAUUGUUCCAUCAAUGAGCAGUAUUAUUGCAGGUGAUGUGACCAAAAAACGUCAAUCACUUGCUGAUAUUCUCGAAUCGACAUGGCACGCGUGUACAGCUAAUGAUGAUGAAACAUCACUUCCGUUUCGAGCAGAUGCAAUCAUCGCUAAUCCGCCGUCUUUUGGACAUAUACAUUGUGCUGAGAAAUUACAAAUUCCAUUACAUAUUAUGUUUACGAUGCCCUACUCACCGACAGGUGCGUUUCCUCAUCCGUUGUGUAAUAUGGAACAUUGCAAGGGACCGACAGAAAAACUCAAUCGUUAUUCGUAUGAAAUCGUGGAGAUGCUGACAUGGAGUGGAAUGGGAGAUAUUGUAAAUAGAUUUCGAAAGAAAACAUUGGCUCUGACAGCACUACGAUCCCGUGCAGCCGUUAAAGCAAUGAUUACUGAGCAAGUGCCACAUACUUAUUGUUGGUCUCCGACCAUAGUACCAAAGCCGCAUGAUUGGGGACCGCAUAUUGACGUAUCCGGAUACUUCUUUCUCAAUCUUGGCACGACAUAUACCGAUCCUCCUCAAGAUCUACUCAAUUUUCUCGGAAUAAAUAUGCAGAAUAUGAAUUACGGUAGUAAAUUACCACCACUGAUCUAUAUCGGCUUCGGUUCGAUCACAGGACACGAUUCACGUCGUCUUUUGAAAGUUGUUAUCGAAGCUCUCCGUCAAACCGGUUAUCGAGCUUUACUCGCUGGCUUUAAACUCGACACAAUCAAAUUAUCGAGUAACAUUUUUCCAAUUGGUAAUGUACCACAUGAUUGGCUAUUCCAGUAUGUAAAUGCUGUAUGUCAUCAUGGAGGUGCAGGAACAACUGCCGCUGGUUUACGUGCUGGUAAACCGACAAUUAUUAUUCCGUUCUUUGGAGAUCAAUUCUUUUGGGGUAAUGUCGUCGAAAGAACAGGUGCAGGAUCUCAACCAUUACCUGGCAAAUCAGUUACUGUUGAACAACUAGCAGAUGCUUUCAGAUUUGUUCUCACAGAAGAUGUGCAAAGUGCUGCUCAACGUCUACGAACAGCAUUAUUACAAGAAAAUGGGUGUGAGGCAGCAGUGCGCGCAUUCCAUGCUAAUCUACCACUGUUGCGUAUGCGAAGCGAUCUCGAGUCAACAUUUGCUGCGUGUUACCGUGUGAAUAAAUAUGACAUAAAAAUCUCGCAACCUGUAGCUCAAGUUCUCAUAUCUGCAGGUAUGAUAGCUGAAUCGGAUCUCAGAUAUAAUAUCACGCGAGAAUGGCAAUAUGCACACAACGAUAGACUAUCAGUGCCAACACAUGGUGUCGUUCAACACACAUCAAAAGCUGUUUCCAAUUUGUUUGUUGAUACGACGAAAGGAAUCAAACAAGUUGCUAGCAGCGAUGAUCUACUAGCAGGCACAGCAGAUGCAGGCGGAACAGUUGUGAAGGGUAUUGGUCGUGGUCUGGGACAUUUGUCCCUAGGAUGUUUGUCUUUAUAUGGUGAUAUUACGGACGUCCUAGAACAAGCCCCUUCGCUAUAUGAUCCAUACAGCAAACCAAAUACGCAUAAACACCACAAUGUUACUGGUUUCAAAUCUGGCGUCAAAGCUGCUAGACAGUCACUCUGGUAUGGAUGGAAAGACGGUGUUACUGGUAUUGUAAAAGAACCGCUUGCGGGUUACAAACGACAUGGAACAUUGGGUGGCGCAGGAGGAGCAUUACUGGGUACUGUCAAUGUUCUUGUCAAGCCUGCCACUGCUACUCUAUCUUCAAUCACUUGGUUGAGUCGAGGUACUUACGCAACUUUGAGAAAAGCCGUCAAAGAUUGUGAUACAAAUCAAAAAAAACUUCAAAAAAAACGAUCAACAUCUAUACCAUCUCUGCCCAUGAUAGGUUUCCGACAAGAGCAUAUGAUGAGUGCCACUUCUGUGAGUGAUAAUGAAGAUGAUGGUGAUGGUAUUGAAAUUACUCAAGCUGCUCAAACAGCAGCAGCUGAUUCUGGUUUUCAUCCUAAGAUCUGUCAAUAUAUUCUAAAUGAGUUUAUGCGGAUCAAGUCAAAGAAAGAACAUUCAAACUCUACUUCAGCAACACCGUCGGAGAAAAACGUAUUGAAAUCUAUUUACUUGUAA